UAACUCUGUAUCCAUGAACAAAUUACUUUCUUUAUCCUGAAAAAUGAAUGGGCGUUUGAUAUUAAAUAGAAAUUAAUUAAAAUUCAGAAGACAACACGCUUUGAUAUGGAAAUGGAUAUGGAUCUGAAGUUAAAAAAACACAAAACUAUAACUGCUGACUUUAAUUAAUUAAUUCUGACCCAACUAGGCAUCAUUUGUUGUCUUGAUUGAAGAGAACACCGAACAAAUAGUAGCCAGGUGGAUGACAAUUAGGUAGUACAUGGAUCUGUUGGGCUACAGUUUUCAGUUCCAGAGAAAUUUGUAUUCAACAGGGUAAGGUUAAACUCUGUAUUUAUGUUUGGUGUAGAAUUCUGAAGAAGAAUAGGAGGAUUCAAUGAGCCUGAUUCUGAUUCAGUCAAUGGUGUACCUGGUUUAGGGGUCAAGAGAUAUCAUGUGAUUGCAUGGAAGGUAUUCUUCUAAGAGAGGACCUUCAGGAAUACCAGGCCUGUUAUAAGAUUGAAUCUUAGGAAGAUUAUAUGAUCUUAAUGAUGUGAGAAACCAGAAUCUGGGGUCAAUAUAUUUGGAGCAUCACAUAUCAUAUAUCAAACAUGGGUUUGGAAUCUGGGAAAUAAUAUUAUGUGUAUAUACAGGGGAUAUUCUUUGUAAUUUAUAGUCCAAGGUACACAGCUAAGAAGGGUACUAUUCUUAAUGGAGGAAGUAUCAGACUGAAGAGAGGAGAGAUGAUAUUCAGAAUCACAUGGAUGAAUGCAGGUUUCAACAACUGGGACCUCCGCGUGCAUCAGAUCUGUUGUUAUAAAAUGUUUAAAUAGGACUGCAUCCUGUUGGACUGUUCUAUAGACGAGAAUUGUAGCGGCAGUUCUGUAAUUGGUUCCAGAGAUUCCACAUUUUCAAGAAUGGAGGAAUCUGAAACCAGUAAUCUUAAGGGAGAGGUUGCAGUUGAAGGGCCAAGUAGAAAAGGAUGGCUUGGAUAUUUAUGUGAGCCUUAUGUAUGGUUGGCUAUGCUUGCCAGAGAAUUACAUGGGAGUUUUGUGUUUGGAGUGGUGGUUGUUUAUGGAAUUAGUCAAGGGCUUGGAGGGGCAUUCUACCGGAUAGUUUCAUCUUACUAUUGGAAAGAUGCGCAAAAAGUCCAACCAUCUGCAGCACAAGUUUAUCAAGGGAUCAUAUCCAUUCCGUGGAUUGUGAAACCGGUUUGGGGUUUGCUCACAGACAUUCUACCAGUUGCAGGAUAUCAGCGUCGCCCUUAUUUCAUCCUCGCAGGCUUUAUGGGGCUGAUUUCAAUACUGGUCAUCUCCGUACACAGUAUGAUGCCCAUUUUCAUUACUGUGAUGCUGCUUAUGGCUGCAACUUGUGGUGUUGCCAUUGCAGAUGUUAUUAUGGAUGCAUGCAUAGCAAAAAACAGCAUUCACUUUCCACACUUGGCAUCAGAUAUGCAGAGUUUAUGUGGCAUGAGCUCAUCAAUAGGAGCACUUGUAGGUUUCUCUACAAGUGGUGUGGCGGUGCAUCUCCUUGGUGUUCAGGGAGCAUUAGGAUUACUCUGCAUCCCAGCUAUAAUGCUCCUUGUUCUUGGAUUUAUUCUAUAUGAACCUCGUCUUACUAACCAUGCACACAAGCAGAAUUUGUUGGAGGCAACCCUGACUAUGUGGAAAGCUUUAAAGUGCCCUGAAGUAUGGAGACCUUCUCUCUACAUGUACAUAUCAUUAGCUAUGAGCUUGAAUAUCCAGGAAGGCAAAUUUUACUGGUAUACAGAUCCCAAAGCAGGCCCAGCAUUCUCUCAGGAAUUUGUGGGUAUAAUCUUUUCCAUUGGCUCGAUGGGAUCACUUCUUGGAGUUCUAGUGUAUCAUAAAGUGUUGAAGGAUUAUUCAUUCCGCAGCUUGCUUUUAUGGGCUCAGCUGAUUUUUGGAUUUGCAGGAAUGCUUGACCUAGUCAUGGUGUUACGCUUGAAUCUAAAGUUAGGCAUCCCUGAUUACUUCUUUGUUAUAAUUGAUGAGAGUUCAUCGCAUAUCAUUAACCGAAUCAAAUGGAUGCCUAUGCUUGUACUCAGUGCAAAACUUUGCCCUUCUGGCAUAGAAGGCACAUUUUUUGCUUUGCUCAUGUCCAUCGACAACUUUGGUCUUCUCUCAUCUUCAUGGGGUGGAGGCUUGCUGCUUCAUCUACUCAAUGUAACUCGUACAAAUUUUAGAAAUCUCUGGUUGGCAAUUCUGAUCAGAAACAUCAUGAGGGUUUUACCUUUGGUGAUGCUGUUUUUGGUGCCCAAAAGUGACCAGUCAUCUACCCUCCUUCCUUCUGGAUUAAUUCAAUCAUCAGAUGGCACUGCUACAUGUGAAGAGGAGAAUAUUCAGUUGGUCUCGACAAUUCAGAGUCAUCAAGUAUAGAUUCUGACCACGCCCCAUAAAGAGAGAAUUUUCCAAAUCAAGCUUCUAAAACUGCAUGCCUUUUCUCCCCAUUAUCUGGGUACUAAUAUUAUCACUUUAAAACCAUGGUUCUAUGAGAAACAAAAUGACUUUGAUGAUGUAGCAUGCUGCUAUGAAUGUCAGUGAUGGGAAUGUCUCUUGAAUUUUUGUGUGGGGAGAUCUGUCUGCAUACAGUUCACUGGGAAGCACCUUUUGAGAUGAUUGUUUGGUAUCAGAUCAUUUCAUACGUAGUAUUUAUUUAAUAACUAACAGGGUGAAAACAUGCUCCAUUCCUGAUCCUGCAGCGUGGGUAGAAGAGGAACUGAAAGCUGCAUUUCUCUAUAAAGGUAAACCGUAAAUGUUUAUUUUUCAAGUCAAAACCUAUCCAGCAUCCCUCCUAGAAGAUAAGACCCUUGUGGGAGGAAGAAGGUGACCUUUCCAUUUUGAGCUUCUUUAUAUAUGGUUAGAUGACCUCAGUUUGGUCUUUUGGUUAAAGAUCCAUAUCUACAAGUACGAAGUUGUAACUUCCAUAUAUACAAUGCGGGAUGUAGAUGCUUAAAAAAAUGUCAUGGUAAAAGGUCACCCGUAUUUUACAAGUCUCUAUUACAAAGGCUACUGCACAGAAUGAAUAAAUGCUCUUUUCCAAUGCAACCAUGAUUGAUCAAAUAUUUCUUAA